AUGCGCGUCAGACCGCGCGCUCCGCACACGGAUCGCUCGCGCGGAGCACACGCGCACGGUGACCGGCAGGUGCUCGCGUCCCGCAGGUGCGCGUGCCUCCGUCUGCGCGCGUUUCCCCGGCCCUGGCCUGGGCUCCGGCCUGUUCUGGAAGCUCACGGAAGGCAGCGGGGUCCUUUCCUGCUGGAGGCAGUUAAGAGCCCCGAGGCUCCGGAGUUAGCAGCUACUAUGAAGGAGCAAAUCCAGAACCAGCUAGACCAUCUGAAAAGAGUGAAAGACUUAAAGAAGAGGCGUCGGGCACAGGGGGAGCAGGCCCGAGCUGAGCUCUUGAGCCUGACCCAGAUGGAGAGGGAGAAGAUUGUCUGGGAGUUUGAGCAGCUCUAUCACUCCUUGAAGGAGCAUGAAUACCGCCUCCUGGCCCGUCUGGAGGAGCUGGACCUGGCCAUCUACAACAGCAUCAAUGGCGCCAUCACCCAGUUCUCCUGCAACAUCUCCCACUUGAGUGGCCUGAUUGCCCAGCUGGAGGAGAAGCAGCAGCAGCCCACCAGGGAGCUACUGCAGGACAUCGGGGACACGUUGAGCAGAGCUGAAAGAAUCCGGAUCCCUGAACCUUGGAUCACACCUCCAGAUCUGCAAGAGAAAAUCCACAUUUUUGCACAAAAAUGUCUGUUCUUGACAGAGAGUCUGAAGCAGUUCACAGAAAAAAUGCAGUCGGAUAUGGAGAAAAUCCAAGAAUUGAGAGAGGCUCAGUUAUACUCAGUGGACGUGACUCUGGACCCGGACACGGCCUACCCCAGCCUCAUCCUCUCCGAUAACCUCCGGCAAGUGCGUUACAGCUACCUGCAACAGGACCUACCUGACAACCCCGAGCGCUUCAAUCUGUUCCCCUGUGUCUUGGGCUCUCCGUGCUUCAUCGCUGGGAGGCACUACUGGGAGGUGGAGGUGGGAGACAAAGCCAAGUGGACCAUCGGCGUCUGUGAAGACUCGGUGUGCAGAAAAGGUGGCGUGACCUCGGCCCCCCAGAAUGGAUUCUGGGCCGUGUCCUUGUGGUACGGGAAAGAGUACUGGGCUCUCACCUCCCCAAUGACUGCCCUCCCCCUACGGACCCCUCUCCAGCGGGUGGGGGUUUUCUUGGACUAUGACGCUGGCGAGGUGUCCUUCUACAACGUGACUGAGCGGUGUCACACUUUCACUUUCUCCCAUGCUACCUUCUGCGGGCCCGUGCGGCCCUACUUCAGCCUGAGCUACUCGGGGGGGAAGAGUGCGGCCCCACUCAUCAUCUGCCCCAUGAGCGGGAUCGACGGGUUUUCUGGCCACGUUGGCGACCAUAGUCAUUCCAUGGAGACUUCCCCUUGA